UGUCAUCGUGCCAUUCUCGAGGAUAGUUGGACACUGCGCAUCGAGCGAACAUGAUAAAGUUUCUGAUACUAUUCCUUGGCAUUUACGGGGCAUUGGCGGCUCCUCACGCACCCCACGUGAAUCAUGAUCUUCAUCUGGAUAAUAAUACGGAAGUGGUUGACGAACAGCUUCCUGGUACGGAGAACCUCAAUGAAAAGGCGCUUCCGAUAUCUCAUUUAUUUGCCACGGAAUCGAGUAAUCUGCCGCCAAGGAAUAAUCUGGCGGAAAGAUCUCAGGUGCCUCAAAAACUUCCCGGGACGGGAAAUCUGGCGGAAAAACGAAUCCCCGAUGUUGUUCUGAAGAGAUUAUUCCAGCUAUCUGAUAAGUAAAAAAAAAAGAAAAUCUGGUGAAAGAUGUAAUAGCUCCUUCAUAACCGUUUAAAUAUAUUUAACUGUUGUUCCUGGCGUUUAAAUAAGUCCUGGAUAAUCCAAUCUGCAUAAAUCUUUUUUGCCAAAUAUAUUGAAGAAAGAAACACUUUUUUAUAUCAGAAAUGUUUUCUUGUAAAAAGAAGAAAAGAAUCUUUCAGAUAAUUGACCAUCAUAUAACGAUUAUAUCAUUAAUGUGAUGAUUAAAAUAUAAUAUAUGUAUAUAUGUAGAUCAUAUUAAUAACAUAGAAAGUAUAAACAAGAUACAAAUUAUCGAAAUCACGAGUUAAUAUAUUCUAUUGAUCAUAUGAUUUAUUUUAAAAUAAAUGAUUUUUGCAUUAUAAAAAGUUGACAUAGUUAAUCAAUUAUUUUUGGCAAAACUUAGCCUCUUAAAAUAAUUACGAUAUCAUUUCAUCGCGAAAAAUGUAUGUAUGUAUUAUAAUUACAUCGAUAAAUUAUUGUUAUUAAUCUAUUUGAGUUAUAUAUUUAUUAGAAAAUAACUUUGGGUUAUUACGCGAGAACAAUGUAAUUUCUACCGAUAAAACGAUUCGCAAGCGAAUAAAUUCUCGAGGAGAAAAUAUGCAUUUUACAUUUUUGUCGCUCUUCUAUUAUCGUAUCUAUUAGUAUUUUGCGGGAUUAUUAUUAUUACUUGCACUAGAAUAGCAAUUGUAUAGACAAAGGAAUGGAUAUUAUGCGUUUAAUGUUUAGUUUGAAAGAAAAAUAAAGAAAUGCAUUUUAUAUUAAAAAUACAAUUAUGUCAUUCCA